CACUGGCCGCACAAAUUUACGCAUUUUUUAACAGAUACGUUAAAACCGCAUUAGUUUAAGAAUUUAUAUCGUUCAUAGUGCUACUUCGUGUAAUUUAAUCGUUAAAAAAUGUCUAAAAUGUGGAUCAAAUUGGUUCUAUUAAGUAUUUUACAUUUUAGUGGAUCUCUGACAACGUCAUUCGACGUUCGCGCCCUGGUCAAUGGGAACCGAAUGGCUGGAGUGCCACUAGGUCUAACUCUUGGAGCCGGCGAGCUGGACGUGGAGGGCAUCUGCACCAGACCUGGCAUGGCCUGCCAGAACUGCAGUCAUGCUGUCACCUGCGUCCCCCUGCCUGUUGGGUGGUUGAAGGUUCCAUUGCAAGAAUGCAAUGAAGGGUUUACAUGCAACGCUCACCAGGGUCAGUGUUCACCAGACCCGGCCCCAGAAUGCAGUAGAGCUGCCCAGGAGUUUGAACAUACCUGUGAACAGGUGGGGAUAUUCCCAGAUGCCUACGACUGCAGAAAGUUCCACCUCUGCUCUCCACCUGAAGGAUUGCCUGAUGGUAGACCAGCAGACCACAGAGCAGCUCUAUGUCCAAGACAUUAUGGAUACAAUCCAGCUACUGCGCAGUGCUCAAUUCAACUAGAACACAGUCAAUGCUCAGAGAAACCAGUCCCAGAAUGCAAUGUUAUCGGCCAGCAUGGAGUCCUACCCUUAAGCUCCAACCAUUACUACGUCUGCCUCCUCAAGAACGGAGUCCUACACCCUCAAAUUUUCAUCUGCCCUCACGGCUGGCACUUCUGGGGAGAAUUCUGUCAACCAGAACCUGAAAAGAAACCAAUAAAAGAAGUAUCUGACGAAUCAAUCAAAGUAGAACAUGGUAAAGAAGAUGAAAUACCAGAAGCAGAAGUAAAUGAAAGUACCACAGAAAAAGAAGCGACUACAGAAGUUACUGCGACUGUUGAAGCUACAACUACUAAAAUUGAUAGUUUCUUCUCUACUGAGAAAACUGCUACUUAUGCUGCUGAUACCUUCUUAGCUGAUAAAAUAGAUUUAGCUAAUUAUGAAACUACUGAUGAUGUAGGUGCUCCCACUAAUGAUAAUUUUGGCUUGUCUAUUGAAUAUAAUGAUUGGGAGUAAGAAUUCACAUUAUAGGUUAAAAUUAAGAUAGUCGUUAAGAAUAAACAUCAGAAAUAUACAUUGAUUAAUCGAAUCUUGUGUAUUUUUUAUGGUAUAAGCCGGUAAACGACAAGACGGAUCAUGGUAAGCAAUCACCCAUUCGUGCCAAAGCAUGGCUCGCCCACACUUAAAUGUGUGUAUGUUUCAACUUAUGGAACAUUACCUACGCGCUGCUCUGUAUUGUUACGUAAAAUAAUUCCAACUAAUUUUGAACCCAAUGUUGAUAGGAGAGACCUAUAUCAUACACCUAUGCCUAUGUUCAGCAGUGGACGUAUUGUGAGUGAUACGUUUUUUUUUCUUAUGAAGCUUAUUGUGAUCAAGAAUUAAUAAAAUUAUAUUUAACAUGUC